CAUAUUGCAUUAGUCGAUUUCGUUAGCUGACAACGAAGAUAUGCUAACUAAGCGAUAUGUUAAUGAGGUGUUGGUGUUUAAUUACAAUCAGUGAAACCAUACUCAAUUAUUAAGCAGUACGAUUGUACUGCUUUUUUUAUUUUAUGAUUUUUGAAAUUCAUGAUAAUGAUCGACAUUAAAAACAGUAUAUCUUAUAUAGAAAGUGUUCUAGAAAAUUAUAUUGAUUUGGACUAUUCACUAUGGCUCUAUCGCUUGUUAACUCCACUACUCAUAACAUUCCUCCUGCCAGCAAUCAUCGUACUUAUGUUUUACAUGACCAGUCUUAUAUUGUAUAUAUACAAGUUACAUAGGCAUAAACUGAAAGAAGCCUAUGAAAGUUCAAAUCGUUGGGCAGCAGCUAGGAAUGUCAUUUCGGUAAUUUGGGAUGCACAUGGAUGGUUAUGGCAUGGUUUCGAAAUUGAUGGAAUUGAAAAAAUCCCUUGUGAUGGCCCUGCUCUUAUUAUAUAUUACCAUGGCGCCAUUCCAAUAGACAUAUAUUAUUUUAUGGCCAGAGUGUACUUAAAACAGAAUCGCGUAGUUCAUACAGUAGCAGAUAGAUUUCUAUUCAAAAUUCCAGGUUGGUCUAUAAUAUCUGAAGCAAUUAAAGUAAUACCUGGUACAAUACAGCAAUGUUCAAAUAUAUUACAAGAAGGAAAUUUACUAGCAAUAAGUCCUGGUGGUGUUUAUGAAGCGCAAUUUGGAUCUCAUUCAUAUAAAUUGAUGUGGAAUAAAAGGGUAGGAUUUGCAAAAGUUGCUUUAGAUGCAAAAGUGCCCAUUAUUCCAUUAUUUACUGAAAAUGUUCGAGAAGCAUUUAGAACUGUUGGAAUAUUCCAGAGAUUAUUUUUGAAGAUUUAUUCUGUUCUUCGCAUACCAUUAGCACCUAUAUAUGGGGGUUUUCCUGUUAAAUUAUUAACGCAUGUUGGCAAUCCUAUUCCAUAUGAUGGAAGUCUUUCACCUGAAGAGCUUCAGAUAAAAGUUGCAAAAGCUAUUGAUGAUUUAAUUUUAGAGCAUCAAAGAUUACCGGGCAACAUAUUGUUGGCCUUAAAAGAUAGAUUUAUUAGAAAAAAGAUAAAAUAUUAGUAUUUUAAAUAAGACAUGUAUAUUCCAAAUACGCAUUUAAAAGUAUUUUGAGGUGGAAGGUUUAAAUUUUUACAUAUAGUUUAUAAAUUUGUUAAUUUUUAUGAAUUGAGAAACUUA